AUGUCAGAUGCUCAGGUCAUGAAGAAUGAGAUGCAGUGUAUUCUCCUGAGAGCGUUUCAUGUUUCUUUGACAGGUCCCUGUUGUGUGGAGGAGCGGGCUGGCUCCGUAGCCGACGUGGUGGAGUCUGCGACGCCGGAUGGCCAGCACCUGGGCCAGAGAGAGCAUGAGGAAAAAGACAAACAGGAGAUUUGUGUUUGUCCCUGGACCGAGAGGACCGUGUUUUGUUGA